CGUUACCCCCCCCGCAAUGGAGCCGGCGGCCACCAGCAUCCAGGUGCUGCUGCGGGCGGCCGCGGCGCUGGAGCGGCGGGAGCGCGGGGCCGCCGGUGCCCGGUCCCCGCCGUGCCUGGCCGAGGCCGAGCACCGGUACGCCUCGCUCCGCCCCGCGCGGUCCCGCCGGGCCGCGGGCAGCGGCAGGUCGGUACACAACGCGUUGGAGAAGCACAGGAGAGCCCAGCUCCGGUGCUGCCUGGAGCGGCUGAAGCAGCAGGUGCCGGUGGGCGCCGGGCCGGCCCGUCCCACCACGCUGAGCCUCCUGCACCGGGCCCGGCUUCACAUCCAGAGGCUGGAGGAGCAGGAGCUGAGGGCACGGAGGGUCAAGGACCAGCUGCGUGACCGGCAGCAGAGCCUGCGGCAGCGGCUAGAACGGCUGCUCUCGCCCGUGGGCGGGGAACGGGCCCGGGCUGACAGCUUGGACUCGUCCCAGCUCUCGGAGCCCUCGGAGGGAGAGGAUGCCGAGAUAGAGGUGGACGGCACCGUGUUCAGCUUCAGCACCGGGAGGGACCACAGCUACUCCAGCCCCCACGGCCCCAUGUCCUGACGGCACUCGCUGCGCUGCCUGCGUACCUCCUCCCUGCCUGCUGCUGCCAGAAAUGCCGCCUCUGCCAGCCCUGCCACGGGUUAAGCACCUGGCCUGGCCCCCCCCCCCAGCCGGGCUGCUGAGCAGCCACAGUGCACUGGGAAGAGGGCCCGGCUGUCACGGGGACACCCCCCUGCCUCUGCCCAUGCAUCCCUGGGCAGGCUGGGGGCCAGGAGAUGCCUCGCACCCCCCCAGCAGACACGGCUACAAGAGGGCUCUGCCACCCCUCGAGAGCCAGGAAAAGGAAGCAAGAGCAUUAAGCAACCUGCCUCCACGCUCCCGCGGCCACCCCCCUCUUUUGUACAGAACUCGACACUAUUUUUCUAGUAAAGGCACUUGGUGACA